GCCAGGAUAUUUGUCACCCUUCUCUUGCACUGAGGAGAUAAAGCAGCAUUUUCAUCUUUCUUUGGAUUCUAAAGAAACAGAUACAGCAAUUCAGGACCCAAUUAUAUGGAGGGCAUGGCUUGGCAAGUAAUAUUUUGCUGCUUUUGUUUCUAUACUGUGGCUGCUUCUGAUCAGUUUCACUACUCUAUUCUAGAAGAGAUGAAGCUGAAUUCUGUAAUAGUGAAUGUUGCAGAGGAUUUAGGAUUUAAGAGUAAUGAACUGAAAAAUAGAAAAUUAAGGAUUGUUUCUCAGAACAGGAAUUAUUUCAACAUCAGUUUAAAAAAUGGCAAUUUAUAUGUUAGUGACAGGAUAGACAGGGAAGAGAUAUGUGGAUCAGAGCAGAGCUGCUUUCUGGAUCUUGAGAUUUUAGCUGUUAACCCUGUGAAUGUUUAUUCAGUUAAAAUUGAAAUUCAGGAUAUAAAUGAUAACUCACCAAAUUUUUCCAAGGAUACCUUCAAUAUAAGAAUAAGUGAAUCUGCUUUGCUGGGAGCACGAUUUGUUCUGGGAAAUGCACGAGAUCCAGAUCUAGGCUCUAAUUCUUUACAAUCAUAUGAACUUAGUCCUAAUUCACAUUUCACAUUGGUAGAUAAGUCUGAGUCCAGAAAGGAAUAUCCAGAACUACUUUUAGUGCAGCCCCUGGAUCGAGAAAAACAUCAAAAGUAUGAAAUUAUUUUAACUGCUUUUGAUGGAGGCAAACCUGUGAAAACUGGAACUACAAUAAUUAAUAUUCUUGUUCAGGAUAUUAAUGAUAAUUAUCCAGUAUUCAGUCAAAAAAGUUAUCAGGUCAACCUAAAUGAGAAUUUACCAAUUGGUUUUGAAGUUCUUCAUCUAAAUGCCACUGAUAAAGAUGAGGGCUCCAAUGCGGAAAUUACAUAUUUGUUUAGUCAUAUUACUGAAAAUGCUCGUCAUGUGUUUACUAUGGAUCCAGAAUCUGGUGUAAUGAAAACUAUAGGAGAACUAGACUUUGAAGUGACACAAAGUUAUGAGAUGACGGUGGAAGCAGCAGAUGGUGGUGGCUUAGUGGAGCAAUGUACCAUAUUGAUACAGAUCAUGGAUGUCAAUGAUAAUGCACCUGAGAUAAUGCUUGCUUCGCUAUCUACACCAAUUCCAGAGGAUUCUGCACCCGGUACACUUGUCGCAUUAAUUAAUGUCAAGGAUUUGGAUUCUGGAAACUAUGGGGAUGUGAGUUGUCGAAUGACAGAUAUACCCUCACUUAAAUUAAUGCCAUCCUCCAAUAAUUACUACAAGCUAGAAACUGCUAGUCCUCUGGAUAGAGAAACAAAAUCUACUUAUAAUAUAACAAUUAUUGCUGAAGAUGAAGGCUCUCCUCCAAUGGUAACUAAGAAAAUGAUAUAUAUAACCAUUUCAGAUGUGAAUGAUAAUCCUCCAGUCUUUGAUAAACCAAUGUAUAUAUCCUACAUUCCAGAGCACACCCCUGCAGGAACUUCAGUACAUAGCAUCCAGGCAUCAGACUCAGACGACAAAGAAAAUGCUCGGAUAGUAUAUUCUGUUGUUAACACAAAUAUUGAUAACAUUCCAGUGUCAUCAUUCAUCUCCAUAAACUCAAUGACUGGAAUUAUUUAUGCUCAGAGAUCAUUUGACUAUGAACAGCUGCGGGAAUUUCAGUUCCAGGUGAUGGCUAAAGACAAUGGAUCUCCUCCUCUAAGCAGUAAUGUCACAGUGAGGAUAUGUAUAAUUGAUAAGAAUGACAAUUCUCCUAAGAUUCUCUACCCAUCACCAGACAAUGAGGGAUCAGCAUUAUUUGAGUUUAUUCCUCACUCUGCUGAGAAAGGUUAUCUAGUGACCAAAGUGAUUGCAGUGGAUGCUGACUCUGGACACAAUGCCUGGCUCUCCUAUCACUUGCUACAGGUUCCUGACCCUUCUUUGUUUACCAUUGGCCAACGCACUGGUGAAAUCAGGAUAGGACGAGACCUUCCAGACACAGAGUCUUUGAGACAAAAUAUUGUGGUUCUGGUGAAGGAUAAUGGAGUACCCUCUCUGUCAGCUACAGUCACUUUGAACUUGGUUGUGGCUGAAAACUUUCAACAACUUGAACCAGAGAUAAAACACCAACCUCGUAAUUCAGAUUCUCCAUCCAAUGUAACAUUUUAUCUAGUAAUAGCCAUAGCCCUCAUCUCUAUUUUAUUUAUUGUGGCAGUGCUGGCUACAAUCAUUUUUAAAUGCCACAAAUCAAAUACUCCAACAUCUUUUGAGGCUCUGAGCAGAAACGUGUAUCCUCAGUUCACCCUGGGUUGUCCUUCUGAGAUCAGUGAUGGGAGCUUACCAUAUCCAUUCUCUUAUGAUGUAUGUGUGACCCUCGACUCAAAGCGGAAUGAAAUUGCCUAUCUGAAACCAGUGCAGAAUGUCCCCACAGACAACCUCAUUGACACAGAUGAUUCUGCUGUUGGAACUGAUUCUACAAAUGCCAAUUUGUCUACCAGCAGCAUUGUACAGGUAUGA